AUGAAUGAUAUGCUUGAGUUUUUUGUUCCUUCUCGAGCUCGAGAUUUAGAGGAUAUUGAAAAAAUUGGACUAAAUCAAUAUCAUAUUACGGAAUCGUGUGAAUUUGAUGUUCAUCCUAGACAACAACUUGACGAUCUUACUCGACUUUUUGAUUGUCUGCAUAGAGAAAAAUCACCCACAGCUCUUUUUUCUAAACCAGAACUUUUCGCGGUGCUUUUUUCAUAUAUUAAGGCCCUUGAAAAUAGUGAAACAACUCAUCUUGUUACAAAGCAAGCAAGACAUAAAAUUUGUCAUGAAGUUUCUGAACGUUUAAAAAAACUUCUUCAAGUUUGUGUAACCUACUUUAGAAAAAAAGCAGAUGGUGGAAUUAACGAUGGACUUGUACUUUGUUUACGUUCUACUGUUAAAAUGUACGUUUUUAUUUUAUGCAAUGUACUAUUAUCUUGUGCACCAGCUCUUGAAGAUGAUGAAAAUAUUUCUUCUUCUUCACAACGUAGUAUACGCAAACGAAGACGAGCGAGAAGCGAACAGGAAAGUGGUAUAGGUGAAGAUAGUAGUGGUGUAGAUCAAGAUGGACGUGAACUAGCACUUACUGCAUUAAUAGAUGUGUGUUCACAUGAUUUAAUUACUUUAUGGGCAGGUAAUAUAGAAGAAUCUAUGCUAAAUCUUAUGCUUCGAAUGCUACUUCAUAUGAUAACUCAAAAAGCUAACGUACAAAAUGAUGCUCAAUCAGUUUCAGGUGCUAUUGCCGUUUUAUUAUUAAAAGUAUCUGCUCAUAUUGUUAACAGAGAAACAGUUGAACCAUCUGAUUUUGUUUCACCAAUGAUUGAACUAGCGUUAAAAACCGAAUCUGCAGCUCAAUUUCUUAUUCGUUUUGUUUCAGAAGCAGAAAGUGAAGAUAUAAUGGGUGACGCUUCUAAUAAAAUUAUAACAGCUCUUAUUGAGGGAAUGGCUGCGGCUUCACUUCAUGAUGUGUCUAAUGAUGCUAUAGCUGCAAAAAAUACCGCAUUAUUUUUUAGUGAAGUUGCGCGAAAGUGUGUUAGUGUCACUAUACGAAUGUCAGAUGUUAUUAUUCAAAGUAUUAAUAGUGAAAGCUAUGAGGUACGUAAAUCUGUAAUAACAUGCAUAGCAGAAAUGAUAAUUCAACGAUAUACUGGUCCUACUCGCAGUACAGAAGGUGAAGAAGAACUAAAAGAUAAAUACCUUAAUGAAAUGUUAUUUCGUAUAAUGGAUUGUAAUCCAUUUGUUCGAAAUCAUACAGUUCAUAUGUGGGAAAGGUUAGUAGAUGCUCGAGGUGUUCCUAAACGUUUUCAUCUUGCUAUAACAAAUGCUGUGGUAGGAAGACUUGAAGAUCGAAAUUACCUUGUAAGAGAUUCAGCUCUUCAAGUUAUUGCAUCAAUUUUACGCAAAAAUUGGUUUGGACAUGUUUUAAAUUGCUCUUUAAUAAAAGAAAAAUUUGAAGAAGCAUCAACCGCAGCUUUAAAAUUUUUUGAUUCUGAAGAAACAUAUAAAACAUGUUUAGAUGAAUUAAAAAAUACUUCUCGACCUACUGAAACUCAAACAAAUGAUUUACUUCAAGGGAAAGAAGAAGAAACAACAGUGCGUUUGCCUUUGUCAGAAGAACAAAGUUCAGCAUUGAAUCGAGUUAUUUUUUAUGAAAAAGCACUAGAGUUUGUUGAAUUAAUGAAUAAAGCAUUGACACAUGCUACAACAUUACUAGAUAGUCGUACUGAACGGGAUACUAUAGAAGCAAUAAAAUUAAUCGUUGCAUGCAAUGAGUACCGAAUUGAGGGUUCAGAAAAAGCUUUUCUUCGUGUUUUGGUUAUGAUAUAUGAAGGAGAAAUUAAAAUUCAAUGUGCCGUACGUGAUGCUUUUGUAGAAGUUGUUUUUAAUGCAUUCACAAGAUCAUCAUCAUCAUCAUUAAUGAAAAAUACAGCAAGUGCUCAAAAGCUAAUUGCUUUUUUACGUGGUGCAACAGAAGGUGAUAUUAGUGCAGUGGAUCGAAUUUUUAGUCUUAUAAAAACUAAUCCAUCACUCUCACGUAUUAUAUCAGGUCAAUUUAUGGAUGCUGUUUGGGGAAUUGCAGAUGGAACACUUGAUCAUAACGCUUCAUUAACUGAUAGACGUACUGCUAUGCGACUUUUUAGUCUUUUAUGUAAGCAUGAUUGGAGAGAACUUCGUAGUAGAAAAGAAAACGUUGUAGAAUUUUUACGUUUAGAUGCUGUAAAAGAUAAUGUUCUUUUAGCAUAUUGUUUAAAAAGUCUUGAAAGUGAAUGUCAAGAUCCACAGUUUCAUCCUAUAUCAGCUAAACUUUUACCAAGUGAAAAUAUUAUACUAGAACAACUUGUAUUUCAUUUGUGUAGACGAACAACUGCAAUAAAUUCUUGGUUAAUUCUUGCAGAUUCAUCAAUCAAUGUUAUUCAUGCUCUUUGUGAAGUUCCUGCUUUAAUUUAUACUUAUGUAUUGGAUUACAUCGGAAAAAGAAUUGAGAAUGAUCCUAAUGCAUUAACACAACUAUUCUUUAUAUUGGGACGAACUGCAUUAAAGCAACUUGUUGCUAUAGACUCCGCUGAACGAUUACAACUAAAAAAACUUGAUUCAGAAGCGAUGUCAAGAAGACAAACAAAUGACUUAAAUAAUAAUGGAGAUGCAGAUACUAUGCAUAAAGAACUUGGUCUUGGAUCUCACGAAUAUAAGAGACAUGCUAUUCAAGAAUUAGCUCAACGACGUAAGCAUGCUAUUAUGACAGAAGGCUCUAUAUGGCAUCGUUUUUCCAAAGAUGUUGUUUUAACAUGUCAGCGAAAAGCAGAAGAUUUUACUAAUGGUAUUUUAGAAAGAGUUUCUGCAGUUAUGGCUCUUUCUGAAUUAAUGGUUGUAAGUGAUACUUUUUGUGAAAAAAAUCUUGAUCUUCUCUUUAAUAUUGUAUCUGAUAAACGUGAAUCUUGGGUUGUAAAAACAAAUACAGUUAUUGCCUUGGGUGAUUUGGCUUGUGUACAUCCAAAUUUGCUUGGUCCAUAUUUAAAACUUCCUACAACUGGAUUUUUUAAGCUUUUAAACGAUGAUGAUUUAAGAGUUCGUGCCGUAACUAUUCAGGUGUGUUCACAUUUGGUACUUGGAGAAAUGCUUCGUAUCCGAGAUCAUUUAUAUACAAUAAUCAAACUUGUUGCAGAUCCAGAUGAAUCUAUUGCCAAUAAUGCCAUGACAUUUGUUCAAAAUUUGGCUUUGAAAGAAAAAGAGAAAACGGGAAAUUUAAUUCCUCCGUUAGUUGCUCAAUUAAGUCAAUCUGUACCUUCAGAAAAGUUUCAAUUGGCUAUGCGUUCGUUGCUUGAACGUGUUGAAGGUGAUAAACCCACGGAAUCGCUUAUAGAGCGACUUUGUCAACGUUUUGAAUCUUAUUCUGAACGUGGAAAGAAGAAACGUCAAAUGGCAAGAAAUUUGGCAUUUUGUCUUGGUGAACUUAAUUAUUCAACUGAGCGACCCAUUAAAAAAAUAACUUCUGAAACAUGUUAUCAGCAAUAUAAGCAAUGGUUGCGAGAUGAGGUGGUGUUAGAUUACUUUAAGAAUAUUGCUAGUAAAGCUAAGAAAGUUGGACAACGUACUGGGAGUGAACGACGUGAUAAGGGUGCAAUUGAAGAGUGGGAGGCGCGAAUGCAAGCGGACUCCCGAUGUGUGGAUGGCUGCGAUAAUGAUGUCCGUUCCGUUGCCUCAAAUGGAUGUGAAGAAGAGGCUGAACCAGCAUCACGAAGUAGCGGAGAUACAUCCGCAGGAAGACGAUCAACAGAUGAGAGAGAAUUACCAGGAGUUGUGCCUAGAAAAGAGUGUAAACGUCGCCAACAAGUGACAGAAACAGAUUAG